AUGCAGCUGUCCAUCAUCACCGUCCUCGCCCUCCAGGCUAUCGGCGCCGUCGCCGCUCCUGUCGCCGCCCCGGCUGUCGACUACGCCGACCUCGCCAAGGACUCGAUUUACAUUAAAUCCGUCAACACGUACAAGCGCGGAGAGGAAGAGAAGCGCGAAGCCAGCUACGCCGACGCCGCUAAGGCCAACAUCAUCAUCAAGUCUGCUGGUACCUACAAGAGAGACGAGGAGAAGCGUGCCCCUGAGGCCGACUACGCCGACCUUGCCAAGGACUCCAUCUACAUCAAGUCCGUCAGCACUUACAAGCGUGGCGAAGAGGAGAAGCGUGAGCCUAGCUACGCUGAUGCCGCAAAGGCCAACAUUAUUAUCAAGUCUGCUGGAACUUACAAGAGGGAUGAGGAGAAGAGGGAGCCCAGCUACGCCGACGCGGCGAAGGCCAACAUCAUUAUCAAGUCGGCCGGAACCUACAAGAGGGACGAGGAGAAGCGUGAGGCAGGAUACGAGCAGCUUGCCAAGGACUCCAUCAAGAUCAAGGCCGUCAACACCUACUAG